CGUUACUUUCAUCGUUCCUUCGGUUCUCCGGGCGUCGCGGGCCGACGGUUCUGCGAUCGACGUCGUGGGAAUUGUCAUGUCUAUUAACGUGUCAAUAUCAUCGAAACGCUCGCCUGACUAAAACAUCGGUUCUACAUGCACGAAUUGACCAAUGGGCACUUCAGAAGCAGCGUGGCUCUGCAGUUUGUGGGCUUGAAGUUCUAAAGUCGCGGCACCUACCAUACGUAUGGGUUGCCGUUAACAAACCAGACUUUGAUGUAGUUGAAUAACUACCACGGAUAUAAAUUCGACCCUUCGAAGAGUUCCUAACACUCCACCCAUCAUGUCUUCAUCCCUCGACCUCGGCAUCCCAUGUUCGCAGUCGAUUGUGACUGUCAAAGCCAUAAAUGUCGCCGGGCCUUCGACGAUCCUUCCUGCAGCGCAAGUGCUUGAACCAGUUCUUCCGGGCUAUGAAACAAUGACAAUGCCUGUCUACGCUUUCUUCAUUGAACAUAGGGCAACGAAGAAGCGCCUUAUGUUCGACUUGGGAAUGCGCAAGGACCAGGAGGGUUUACCCCCCGCGAUUCAGCAGAUGCUGACGAUGUGGAGAAAUCUUGGGUUUGGGAUAGUUGUUGAUAAGGAUGUUUAUGAGGAACUCCAGGAGGGCGGUGUCGACCCCGCCACUAUCAGCACAGUCAUUUGGAGCCAUAGCCAUCUCGAUCAUACUGGUGACAUGUCCAAGUUUCCGAGUACCACAGAACUUGUCAUUGGUCCCGGUAUGGAUACCCGUACUUUCCCCACCACUCCCGAGUCUCCCCUCCUCGAAAGUGACUUUGUAGGCCGCAAAGUAACGCAACUUGCCCUCGACGAUUUCGUGCUUACUAUCGGAGACUACGACGCCCUCGAUUACUUCUCCGACGGUAGCCUCUACAUUCUCAAUUCUCCGGGGCACCAAUCCGGACACAUUACUGUCCUCGCCCGAGUCACUCCGACGACAUUCGUGUUAUUAGGCGGUGAUUCGUGCCAUCAUAUGGGUCAGAUCCGCCCCACAGCUGACCUCUACAAGCACUUCCCCUGCCCUGGGCGUAUCCUCGAGUCCCUCGGAGACCUCUCCGUUUCCUCGCGUACCACCCCUCUACUAUCCGUUCCGUCUGGACAAUCAUCCUAUGCUGAUCCAGAGAUUGCACGCGAAACAAUCACUAAGCUAAGCACACUUGACACGAGCCCGGAUAUCCUGGUUCUGAUUGCACAUGACUGUACCGUUCCCGGUGUGAUUGAUGAGUUCCCUGAGAGCGUGAAUGAUUGGAAGGCGAAGGGGUGGAAGGAAAAAUUGACAUGGGCGUUUUUGGAGAAGGACAGUCUAGCGUUUAGAUUUGGAAAGACUUGAGGUUUUUUUUUUGGUUUUAUGGGGUUUAUUUAUCUUAUCUUUGGCGUACCGAAUGCAUCCACCCAACUUGAUCUUAUUGCUUGCG